AAUGGAGAAAUAAAAAAGGAAGAAGCACGGAGCACACAACGAAUCCAAGAGUCUGUGGAAUUACACACUGUCUCCAGGUUGGUCCUAAGAAGAAGUUAAGAUUCUUAAACUUGCAUUGCAGAAAUUCGGAAUUGGCAAAUGGAGAAGCAUCGUCCAAUCAGAAUGUUUGCCAGAUAAAUCCAUUGGAUAGAUCUAUAUCUAAACUUAGAGAAUGCUUGGAUAAUAAUCGUUGGGAGAUUUUAUGGGUAUAAAUUUAAUAUCUAUCAUAUGAAAAUAGGAUUGUAGAUUGAUUUAGAAAAGGUGUGGAUAGACAAUAAUCAAAAAAAGGGAGUAAUGAGAAAAAAUGGAUGUGUUAUUAAUACAGGGGACAAUCCAAAUAAGGAGGAAAGGAAGUAAAGAAUCGAAGAUAAUAGAUAGAAAUAUUCGAUAUCUCAGGAGGAAGUAAGAGUAUUUGUGUAUGAUGUAAGAUUAAUAAAAUAAAGUUGCCGCGUUUUAAGAAUGAUUGCGUGGCUAAAUAUUUCACAAUUUAAGAAAUUGAAAAUGAUUAAUUUACAACUAUUGAAAAGUUAUAACAUUUUGUGAAUUUGGAAAUAGAGAUUGACAAAAAACUUAAAAAGAUUUAGCUGAUGAAGUCAAACACAAAUGGUAUAGGUUAUCAUAAUGGUAAUGGAAAUGGCAUUAAUAAUCACAACCAUAAUAAUCACUUAGAUGAAUAAAAGUGA